CUACCUUGACAUAUGGUAAUUUUUUUAGCUUAACAAUAUGGUAAUUUUUAUUUUAUUUUAUUAUUAUUUUUUUUUUGAGCUCGUUUGGGAUGGUUAAACUUCUACUCCCACACCUACCCAAUGCCUAUCCCAUACGCGAACAGAAUCCAAUUUUAAACCACGUCGGUGGAUACUCAAAACUGUGUCCCAAACAGAUGACUAAACACCGACCCAUAGUCUCUCCUUCUGGAAGCUGCUAAAAUUUUCACACCUGGGGCUGGGGACCUGAAGCGAAGCAGUUGAUUUGUGUGUCCAAUUCUAUUGAAGCUUCACAAAUUCAAAAGCUUCGAUCAGAAAUCAGCUUUUUCUUUGGUUUCCCCAGCGACCCGUUUCGCCAUUAUCGGUUACGACACCAUCCACUGCCCUUCCAAAUAUAUCAGGCAUCUAAAACCCUCGACGAGUGCGGGCCUCUGCAGCUGAGCGAUUCUGUUUGGGCAGCGCCCGAUCGUGUCGAAACUCGGAAUCUUAUGGCACAUGCAACGCAAAGCCCCAUUUCUAGUUGAUUUCCCAAUGACCCAGUGCAAUAUAUAGCCUGCCAACUGCUUGCUUGUUUGCCUCAAUGCAAGAGUUGCUUUGGUUUCGAGGAAAACGAGGAGGAAGACGACUGAUAUUAGAAAGAUUUCAAGUAAUUGGCUCGGUGUUGGAUCGAAGGAAAAAAGAAAAUGGUGGUGAACUAAUUAUGUUGGCGUUCUAAAAUGUCUUUUCUUCAUCCUCAAACCAGAGUCUUUCUGGUUACUCCCUCCAUUUCCCCUCUGCAUUCCUCUUCCCCAUUGGCAUACCAAAAACAACCAACUCCACCCACUUCCUCUAGCAGUAAAAUAAGCCCUGCAGUUCUUUUAGUCAUAGUUAUUCUGGCUAUUCUUUUUUUCAUAUCUGGUAUUCUUCAUUUUCUAGUGAGAUUUCUUGUAAAGCAACGAUCUCCAUCAUCAAUAUCUGAGUCCAAUAGUAAUAGGUUCCCUGAAAUGUCUGAAUCAUCUGCUUUCCAAAGACAGUUACAACAGCUCUUCCAUCUUCAUGAUUCAGGGCUAGAUCAAGCCUUCAUAGACGCCCUCCCUGUUUUCCUCUACACAGAGAUAGUGGGUUUAAAAGAGCCAUUUGAUUGUGCUGUAUGUCUUUGUGAAUUUUCAGAACUAGACAAGCUAAGAUUGCUCCCUACUUGCAGUCAUGCUUUUCACAUUGAUUGUAUAGACACAUGGUUGCUUUCUAACUCAACUUGCCCUCUUUGUAGAGGGACCCUUUACUCUCCUGGGCUUGCCAUUGAAAAUCCCAUAUUUGGUUUUGAAGACUCAGAGGGAACAGAGGGGUCUGCAGAGGAUGGAAGAAUUGGUGUUCCUACAGCUCAAAAACCUCCAGAGAACGACAUGUAUGGUGAAAAGAGAGUGUUUUCAAUCAGACUUGGGAAAUUUAGGAACUUGAAUAAUGGAGGAGUGAGAGGAUUGGAGAAAGGAGAGGGAGAGACCAGCAGUAGCAGUUUGGGGGCGAGAAGAUGCUAUUCAAUGGGGUCCUACCAGUAUAUCGUGGCUGAUUCAGAUUUGCAAGUGGCCUUACGAACGAGUAAUCGGACUGGUGGGCGAAGUAUGAGAUUCGUGAGAGCUAGAGAUUCUCAAACUGGGAAUUCCUUGAUUGAUGAUGAUGCUGAGGGGAAGAAGAUUAACAUUGGAAGUAAAAAUGAAAGCUUUUCUGUUUCCAAAAUCUGGCUGUGGUCAAAGAAGGCUCGACAGCCGAUUGGUUCAGACGUUCAUCUGCGAGCUAAUUAAGGUUCUGGGGUUGUGCCAGAAACAGGUAACCUAAAGAUAAGUUGAGUGAGGUCUUUUACUGUGUGUUUGUACUCUCUGCAUGAUAUCAACGACCCCAUGUAUAAGAAAAUGAUAAUGAAACGAAUCUUUAAGGUAUGGCUUAUCAUAUGGUUAUACUAAUUAGAAUGCAGUUAUAGAAUUAUGGGCAGGCUUGCUUUUUAAUUUUAUUUUUUUGGAGUAUGUGAAUUUUAACCUCGAACCUCAAAGGAAGGGAUAGAUGUCAUUUUCCGAGCUA